UCUGCGGCCCUGCGGAAAAGGAGCUUGUCGUCUGUGGGGGAAAGGUUGUUCCGGGGAGGCAUUCCCAAUCUGCUCGCCUUCGUCUUUCAUCCCCGACUCUCAGUGUUACUGACAGCAGGAAGAAAGAUGCUCGCACGAAUCCUAUCAACCGCGUUUGUCCUUCUUCCGCUGGUCACAGCGCAGACUCCAAUUAAUAUUCCUGCUCCCGUUGAAGGGGAUCCCGCAACACAGCCUGCCAACGAUCCUACAUAUGCUUGCCCGGCGACUUGUGUGCCUCCCGCUUGCGUUUGCGCAUCCACAAAGAUUCCUGGUGGUUUGAGCGUAGAGCAGACGCCCAUGUUUGUUACUCUCACUGCAGACGAUGCCAUUCAAGAUCCGACCUACGAGCCCUUUAGCCAGGUUUUGAACUCUACGGUGAAUCCAAAUGGAUGUAAUCUUCCCUUUACGUACUUUGUCAGUACCGCCUGGACCAAUUUCUGGCUGAUUACGAGGGCAUAUAAUCUGGGACAUGAAAUCGGUGCUCAUACUAUCAAUCACCCUGAUCUCACAACUGUGUCAGCCACAGUGCGUGACCAAGAGAUCCAAGGUUCUGCGCAAGCGGUCAUGACCUAUGGCGGGAUUCCGAAGAGCGACCUUGCAGGGUUCCGUCAUCCGUUCUUGGCAUUCAACAAAGACUCAUUUGACUCUGUUGCCAAGGCUGGGUUCAAGUAUGAUUCGUCAGUUACCCUAGAUCCUUUGACCCAGCCUUAUUGGCCACACACGCUGGAUUACGGCUUCGCCUACUACCCGCAACCAUGCAUCAAAUGCCCUUCCGGGCCUUCUAUGCAAUACAAGGGAAUGUGGGAGAUCCCAAUGUACAAUUUGCUCACUAAUGACUCAAAGCUCUGGUCUAGUAUGGAUCCUAUCAUCAAUCCCCAGCUUAACGACUAUGACGUGGCAUUGUCCAAUAUCAAGGCCACUUUCCAAGUGCACUACAAAACGAAACUUCCCUUCGGCCUCUACCAGCAUUUAGCGCAACUGGUAGCGUGGGGACCAGAGGUGGAGGUCAAAAAGGUUCAACUCCUCAAAGAUUUUGUGGCGUGGACUCAGAAAGAGUUCAAAGACGUUUGGUAUGUCACCAAUCAACAGUUGAUCUCAUGGAUCCAAAAGCCAGUGCCUGCCGAUCAGAUGCGAACGUUUCUCCCGUGUCGUCCACCCGCAGUGGACAAAGCGAAUAAAGAGAUCUGUGACGGUAUUGAUAACGAUGGCGAUGGAAUCAUUGACAAUGGCGUAGUCGAAACCUGUCAAGUGACCGAGGAAGUUAGUUUCCAAAGUUGCUACGGAUGCCCGACACUCGUUCCCAAUAUCACACAACCGGUUCCACCGCAGAAGGGAAAUGCUACAAGGAAGCCUGCGCCCGAUGCAGCGUGUCCAAAUGCUGGGACUUGGGAUCCCAUUGCGGGCGCUUGCAUCACUUUAACAAGGCCACAGGUCAAAAUUCCUGAUAGCAAUGCGUCUGGGUCAAAACCUAGCGGUACCAAUGGAGAUCAGUCGAAGGGAAGUGGGACAGUGGCAGGUGCCAAGGUAGCCAAGACGUCUGUAUUUGGUGCGACCCUCCUCUUAGUGGCAGUUUUGAGUGCCUAGCGUUAUCCUUCCUCGUUGAAUACUGGUCAUCUUCUAUGCAUCCUAAUCUAUGUAGUAUAAAGUUUAAUGUAAAAGUGUACAGUUCUAGUUCUAUGAGCCCGCUA